UUCCGGUGUCCGUGUCCCACCACAGUCAACGAUCCGCUUUAUUAGGGCGAAGUGCCAAGUUCAUUGAUGGCAGCAACAAGUGUGCAUAAUAAAGUCGAACUUUCAACUUUCUUGGCUUUGCAGUUUCUCAGCAGGACAGUCGAAGUGUUCUAUUCGCCCGUGCAACAGAUUUAAUCGCGCUAUUUGCUCAAAACCGCUACAGGAAUGAGUGAGAAUCAGUUUGACGUAGUUGUAGUAGGCGCGGGACUGUCCGGACUCAGCGCGGCUCGCAGGCUGCAAAAGAGAAACCCGCAACUUAGCGUCUUGGUUCUGGAGGCCAGAGACCGUGUCGGAGGAAGAACUGUAAGUAAAGACCUGCUAGCUGCGAAUGGCGUUGACCAGUGGGACAUGGGGGGACAGUGGGUGUCCAGCUCGCAGACCCAUGUCAUGGAGCUUAUUCGAGAGCUUGGUCUGGAGGUCUUUCCACAAUACACUGAGGGCAAGAAGGUGCAUCACGUGGGUGGUCCACAUGCCAAAAUCAAAACGUACACCUCUAGCAUGCCGUCAUACUCCCCGCUGGCCCUGCUGGACUUCACCCAGGUUCUGUGGCGGAUUGACCAUCUUACUCAGACCAUAUCAGUUGAACACCCAAUGAGUUCUCCUAACGCUGAGCUGCAUGAUAGCAUGACUCUUCACACCUUCAUGGAAAAAUAUGUCUGGACCACACAGGUGAAAGAGGAGCUGGCUUUGUGUAGCCGUAUCGUGUUCGGCUUGGAAGCCUCUCAGGUCUCCUUCCUGUAUUUUCUGAUGUACUCCGCUGCAGCAGGGGGCACCCUACGACUCCUGGAGACCACACCUGGCUCGGGUCAGGAGUUCAGGGUCAAGGGGGGCACUCAGCAGCUGUCAGAAAAGCUAGUGGAGCAGAUCGGCAAAGAACGGGUUCGGCUGGGCGCCGCUGUAAUGACCAUAUGUCAGAAUUCAGAGAACAUAAAAGUUACAACUUCUGCAGGCACAGUCACUUGUAAAGCUGUCAUUGUUGCGUGUCCUUCUCACUUGGCAGCCCAGAUCCGUUACGAGCCUGCCCUGCCUGCUGAGCGCCAGCGCCUCACCCAGUGCCUGCCCAUCGGCCACAUGACACAAGUCCGACUCUCUUACCAUUAUGCAUUUUGGAAGCAAAGAGGUUUCUCGGGGGAAAUCGUGGCACGUCCCUCUGAGAACUGUCCUUUAAGCGUCACAUUUGAUGCCACCAGCCCCAGAGGCAGUCCUGCGCUGGGGGGGUUCAUCACUGGGGUACAGGCCCGUGACUGGUGCGACAGAAAGAUGGAGGAGAGAAGAGAUGCUGUGAUCUCCAGCCUGGUGAAGUACCUUGGUCCAGAGGCGUCCACCUACAUUCACUACGAAGAAAAGGACUGGGCAAAAGAGGAGUGGAGUGGAGGCUGUCCUGUGAAUGUAAUGACCCCUGGGAUGCUAACAUAUUACCACCCGAGUCUUCGAAAGCCCUUCGGCAGGAUUCAUUGGGCCGGCACAGGAGACAGGGUCUACCCAAUGGUGGGUGGAUACAUUAAUGGAGCAAUUCAGGCCGUUCAGAUGGCGGCUCUAAUUGAGGGUCAGCGAUCAGGCAUGUGUCCUUCGUCUCUGUACGAAGGAGGACACUGUUGA